AUGCACCAAACCGUCAUAAUACUACUCCGAAACGUGGACAGAAUCGCAAUAACAAUCGGGGCAAAAAUAAUGGCAAUAGAGGGCGUGGUCGUAGUGGCAAUAACCAUGCUAAUGGUGGCAGCAACCACACACAACAGUCGCAACAGCGAACAUGGCAACAACAGCCACAACAAUGGGGACAGUAUCCACCAUGGGGUUGGGCCGCAGCCUUGGGCAGCCCCUCGAUGUCAGUACCCUACCUCUUCUUGGACUCGGCCACCACCAGCUCGUCAGCCUGGUAUCCUUGGCAAUCGUCAACAACAAGCUUAUGCAGCUUCUGUACCAACUUCUUCAAGUUAUGAUCCAACUGAAAUUGAACAAGCAAUGCAUACUAUGACUCUUAAUACUCCUGAUACGAAUUGGUACAUGGACACCGAUGCAACCUCACACAUGACGGCCUCUCCAGGAUUUUCAGACGGGGAUGCCAAUAAUGACAUGUAAUAGCACUGGGGAUCUCUAUCCUAUCACCACAACCCCAACCUAUCGUGCCACUUCCCCA